AAAUGAUUUGCACAUCAUCACAUCACAUUUUGUUUUUAUUUACAUUUUGGACAGCGUCCCAACAUUUUUGGAAAUAGAGUUGUAUAUAAACACUACAGAUGUGUUUCUGUGUCAGCAGAAGAUUUGAGAGGAGACGUGUAGAAGAGAUGGAAAUGUGCAGAUGAUUUUAAUAAUCAUGUUAUUGGCCAAAUUUUUGCACGAAUAGUGUCUUUUUCUGUUAAAACAGUGUUUUCACUCUUCGUUUCUUUUGCUUUUUCUUUAUGUAUAAAACCUCACAUUAACUAAACAAGUAGCGACUGCACACAGGUUUAUUUGCAAAAAAAUCUGGGGGACGAUAUCUCAAAACAGUUCUGCACUGAACUGGGCUGAACCCUCGACCUUAACACGCUCAGCCGACGCCCCUGUUUCAAUAACAUCAGCUUCAACUGCAAAACUGAGGAGAACAGCUGGAGCGGAAAUAAACAGGCAUGACUCCGCUGCCCUUUCAAGGUGUUAUUGCACCUGUUGAUGUGAUGUUCUUUCAUAUUUUAGCUUUAUAUUCUGGUGGGUGUGGACAAAUGACUUUUUUCAAAAGGGGAGGAGGACAUUGAGGGAAAAGGUCAUUUUCCAUUGCAUUUCAUCAGUCGGUCAAGGCCGUUUAUUCAUUGCCUUGGUAGCUGUUAGUGGACUGAAGUCAAAAGAUAAGUUUUGGUGUCGAUGCAAUGCCAGAUAUGACGGUGUGGAAAAAUUAUAGUCGGGUAUCAGAUCCGCAGCGUGGUGAGCGUCGGAGUGGAUAUGCUGUCUAGGUUUACCACGCAGGCAGACGCAGUACCAGUCGGUGUGUGCGCUCCAGUCUAAGGGAACACCGUGUUUCAGAUAGUGUCUCAUUAACAGAGUUGGCAACGAGUCCCUUAACCUUUACCUGCACUCCCUUUGCUAUGGCGACGGUCCAGAUCACGCACACACACGCACAACUGACCAAAGACCAGUGACGCUCCAGAAAGAGGCCAUAACUGUUUGGGGUUACCAUCCCACGUCCAGGCCCAGAGGGCAGUUUCUAUGUUUUGAGCGGCAAAGCGUUGGGAUGGUGAUCUGCAUUUAUAUCCAAUAGUCUUCAUAGCUUACAGCUUAAAUGAAUUCUCUUGGACGUUACGAGGCCUGUGAUGGACGCUGCUUCCUCAGUCUGAAUUUCGCCUAAUUGCUGUCCCCCAUGAUGAGCUCCUCUCCUGACUCCGCUGCUGAAUCCGUGCCCCCCGUCCUGCAGCUAGUGAAGGCGCCCGAACGGGAUGACCCCCCUGCUGUCUUUCCUGCGCUCUACCCCUCCCCCCUGGCUGUGGAAAGGGGGACCGUGUGUAUCCCGUCUCCGUUUGCAGACGCUGAGUUCACCACCAAUGCGCUGACCCUCGGACCCCCAAUUUCAGACAGCCCCAUGGUGGGACCCCAACUCAGCCCUUCGCUCUUCUGGCCUUCGCACAAUGCACACACUCACGCCCUGCACUGCCCGCAGCAGCUGAUGUACGGAGAGACACACGCCACCUGGGUGGAGGCCAAGCCACACACAACGAGCGGCAGCAGUACUUUGCCUCAUGGGAAGUUGUUUGGGAAUCAGUUGGAAGACGCCGACGAAGUCGUGAACAACUCUUCCUCGGCCGUUAUGACCAAAUCUGACCUGCAUUUCUGCGUGGUGUGCAGUGAUUAUGCUUCAGGGUAUCACUAUGGCGUCUGGUCCUGCGAGGGCUGCAAGGCUUUCUUCAAGAGGAGCAUUCAAGGACACAAUGACUACAUCUGUCCAGCCACCAACCAGUGCACGAUCGACAAAAACCGCCGCAAGAGCUGCCAGGCCUGUCGGCUGCGCAAGUGCUAUGAAGUGGGCAUGAUGAAGUGUGGUGUAAGGAGAGAGCGGUGUAGUUAUCGAGGGCCUCGUCACCGCCGGGCUCCUCACGUCCGGGAUGGCUCCGGUACAGCCGUGGGGGUCAGAGGUCAUUCCCAGCGGUAUCAGCAGCCCCACCUCCAUCUCGCACUCUCUCCCUUGGGCCACGCGGGGUCCAGCCUAUCCCCCGAGCAGCUGGUCCACUGCAUGCUGGACGCAGAGCCGCCGCAGAUUUCCCUGAAACAGCAGCUGAAUAAGCCGUACACUGAGGCCAGCAUGAUGAUGUCGCUCACAAACCUCGCUGACAAAGAGCUCGUCUUUAUGAUCACCUGGGCCAAGAAGAUACCAGGUUUCGUGGAGCUGAGCUUGCCUCUGCAGGUGCAGCUGCUGGAGUGCUGCUGGUUGGAGGUGCUGAUGCUGGGUCUCAUGUGGAGAUCUGUAGAUCAUCCAGGAAAACUCAUCUUCUCUCCUGACCUCAAACUCAGCAGGGAAGAGGGGAGUUGUGUGGAGGGCAUUAUGGAGAUCUUUGACAUGCUGCUGGCCGGCUCCUCCAGGCUCAGAGAGCUGAAGCUGCAGAAGGAGGAGUAUGUCUGCCUCAAAGCCCUCAUCCUGCUCAACUCCAACAUGACCUCAGCGGAGAGGGACGCAGAGCUGGAGAGCAGAUCUAAGCUGCUGCGGCUGCUGGACUCAGUGACAGACGCUCUGGUCUGGGCCAUCUCCAGAACAGGCCUGUCCAUGCAGCAGCAGUCUGCCCGCCUCGCGCACCUGCUAAUGCUGCUGUCACACGUUCGCCAUCUCAGCAACAAAGGCAUGGAGCACCUUUCCAACAUGAAGAGGAAGAACGUGGUUCUGCUGUACGAUCUGCUGCUGGAGAUGCUGGACGCUAACACAGCUCACAGCGGCCGUAUGCCAGCCCAGUGCGCUGACCCUCGAUUCACCUCUCCAGUGGACACAAACCCAGCCCGCGAGCUCCAGAGUCCAGUAGCCCAGCGCCUCGUGCAGAGUGUGGAGGAGCAGCAUGGCCAGGGCUGACCCAAAUCCAUACAAAUCUCAGACACUGUACGAGGCCACAGAAAAGACCCUCAUGUUGUAAAUCAGCUUUGCACUACGUCGUCCCCGUUUUAUUAGCCUCUCAGCAUGUCCACUCAACCUGACCCCUUCACUUUGACUUUGAGGAACCCCGCUGACCACCUUAAGGUUCGUUUGCAGAUGAGAGAAGUUUGCUACAAGGGCCAUCUGAGGGAGAAGUGACCGAAUGGAUCUGAGAAAAUGAGAUUUCCAGAAUUUGACAAUUUGUGCAGAAUUUCAGAAGUUCGGGAAAUUCAAAUUGUGCAGAAUUUGAAACGUUCAGACAUUCAGAUCAUGCAGAAGUUAUGAAUUUUGGAAAUGCACUAACUCGGAUUGCACAGAAUUUCAGACGUUUUAGACAUUCAGAAAUGCCCAGAAUUUCAGGAAUUUCUCUGAAAAUGUGUAACUUCUCAGAACUGUGAGCUAAAAUUAAAACUAUGCUGUUUUUAAAAAUCCAGAACUGCCCAGAAAUGCAGAAAUUUUACGCUUAAUUCCUGAAAUUCAGAACUUGCAAAUAAGAAAUCAGAAUUUUACAUUUGCAAAAGUUUAGGAAUUUCAGAAGUAAAAUCCAAGAAUGCAACUCUUUGUUUCCUUUGUUUUUUCAGUGUGGGUAUGACGGUAAAGAAACCCAUAAUUUACAGAAAACCGUCAAUUACAGUACCAUUCAAACAUUUUGACACAUCGACUCAUGAUGGGUCCUCCUUAUUAUUUUAUUAUGUUAAAGGAUAAUAAUGAACAUCAAAAGUAUGACGUAACAUGCAUAGAGCAACACAGUCGUAAAUCUAAACGAUGUAGAAAAAAAUUCAAGCGUAAAUGUUGAAGCUUAAACCUUUCAAUAGAUUUUUAAAAUUACAGAUACAAUUUUUUAAAUUUCAAUUUAAUGUGUCUAAACCUGUGACUUGUACUGUACAUCUUACAUGCGCAGCAGCUGUCGAGUGUGACCUUGUCUGAAUGUAAAACCGUCCGUGUGCCAGAGUUGCUACACAUUUUCGAGCUAAACGCACAUUUCUGCAGAUUUUUGGACAAUGUUUUAGUGAAAUUGUGAACGAUGAGCAACAAAAAAUAGGAAUGCCAAGGUACGAAAUCUCAAUACCAAAUGAAAACUGUGCUCAUGAUACAGCUGUCCGUGCAACCACUGACCUGUUGUCUGCAAAUACUCUGUAUUGCCUGAUUAGCAUAUGCAAUGAAGUGAAGUUGCUCUCCGAAUGUGAAAAGAUGUGCAUACUUUUCAUAGCUUUGUAUUUUGUAUACUUUUUGUGUGUAAAGACUUUUCAGUGGCUGUUUUGAGCUCGUGAAUGUUUAAGGCCUGGACUCAGUCUGCUGAUCUUACUCCGAUACGAUGACUCACUGGCCCUUAUUCAUCACAGCGGUGUAGAAAGUAGCACAGAUUUGACCACCCUGAACCGAACUGCUCCAUGUCAGCGUCAAAACAAAUGCGGAUAUGGGCUCAACUGAACAAGCAUCUGCACACAGAUACCUUAUUUGCAUAUAAUUUGUAACAGACACCCUGAUUUGCCCUCACAUACAUAUGAUUUACACAUAGCAUGUCCUAAUUCAUUCAAACGCUUCGAUUCAGCAGGCUCAUGAGCCGAUGGUUGUCGUCAUGGGGUGGAGUUUGGGGGUCAAGCAGGAAGUGCACUGGCCCCUCUUCUGAUCACAACUUCAAUAAAAACUACUAUUUAAAAUAACAAAAUGCAGUAUAUGAGCUUCUACUGUACUAGGAAAGCUAUGUUAUGUGUUAAAUGGAGGUACUUAUUUACUCUAUCAGUAGUUAAAUGGCCACUGUCCUGCACAUUUUAGAGCUUUUCCCAGGCCAAAUGGGCUGUUGAAGAGCUGAUGAGUUGAAUCAGGCAUGUUGGGAGUGCAGGGUGAAGGGCAGUGGGCCUCCAGGACCAGGGUUGAGACACACUGGUUUAAAGCAAAAGUCUUCAAAUGAAAAUCGCAGCAGUUGUGUAUAUCAGUAUAUACAUAUCGAACACACACAUCCACCUCAGUGCUGGGAUUGCUGUGUGUAGUUAUUGGUAUUCAUGUUAUUGACAAAAAUUGUGAUUGUUUAACUGGAAAUCAGCCAUUUUUCAGGCAGUUCAGAUAUAAAGCUGAAUUUUUUUUACGCACUUCUGCCAGAUGUGAUUCGGAAUGUAUGGAUACGCCAAAGGUGGAAUUGGAGAUUAACACACCUGUCAGUGAAAUCUGCAUGAUCUCAUUUCGGCACAUCUUUGAUGAAUAAGGGCCAGUAUUUUGGAGAUUCAUCUAAUUGUCGUAUCCAUGCUCCGCCCACCAAUUUGUUCUUUUUUUUUUUUACAAAUCAUUGGCAAAAGCUUCAUGAGAAAUUUUAGCGCACAGCUCAGUUUUUGUGACAGUCUUAAUUCUGGAGUUCACUCUUUAUGUCAAAUGUCUAUUCUGUGUGUGUGAGAGGUCUUUGCUGAUUUGGACUUUGUGUUUCUGAUGUUAUGUCAGUAUAUAUAGAAACAUGUUGCUGCUGUCAGGACAAAACCUCGAUUCUCCAUUUUUGUUGUUUUUCAUUUUUUGACAUAAUUUGAAAAAGGCAGUUGGCCUUUAUGUUGUGUCAAAAUUUCAUGAUGAACAGACCGACGGAAAUGGUUCAAAAUUACUUGGAGAAAUAUAUUUCUCCAUUCACUUCCAUUAAAAGUUGAGAACGUUUUUCUUUGUCCUGUAAAGUUCCCUCUUUUGGAGAUACGAGGUUUUGUUCCGACAGCAGUGAUAAAUCACUCAUUGCUGUAGUUGCUAGUGGUGCAGGUUACAACCUUAACUACGUCACUCUAGCUGGUAGCUUUAAACACCACCUGAUGGAUCGGUCAGUUUGGGUGUCACCCCUACAACACGCCAACGCGCAGUAAAUCACUGAUACGACCAAAUACGACAAAACCACUGAGCCAAAGUGGCAAAGAGAAGAAUAAAAUAUCAACUACACUCUUAAAAAAACAUGGUUCUUCAAAGGUUCUUUAGUAAAGACAAAACAAACACUCAGAGAACCAUUUAAAUGCCUAAAUGUUUCUUUUCAUGGUGAAAAUGUUCUUCAGAUUGAUGGAGAAUGUGUUGUAUAUGAUUCUAUAUAGCAUCAGGGAUUCUUCUGUUGUCACAAGCUUGACAUCAUAAUCAUAGCAGAACCCUUUUUGGUGCUACAUAGAACCAUAUCUGAAGAACCUUUUCACCAUAAAAAAGAAGUUUAUUCAAGUGUGCUAUUAUUAUACUUCUUUGAAACUAAAAUGAGUAAUUAUGCUUUCAGUAUACUUUUAUGUACUUAUCAGAGAUACACUAAACACAAAAAUACUUAAGUAUGCAGAAAAGUCUACACUUGGACUUCAUCUGUUGAUUGAGAUGUACUUAAGUGUAAGUAAGUACACAGUAACGGUGUAUAAAGUAGCAUGGUGCCACACUGUUGCCUCACAGCUGGGUUUGAUUCCCCGGCCGGGUGACCAGUACUAGUGCACUGAUAUUAGUAUACUUACUGCAUAAAGAUAUAUGGGAAAUAUACUAGAACUUUACUUAAUAGUCACUUAAUAUACUUGAUUUUUACGUAAUAAAUGAACUUUGUGUACUUUUUUGUGAGUUCAUGUAUAGAGCCAUUUAAGCAGACGAAUGGUUCUAUAUAGAACCAUUGUUUACUAAAGAACCCUUGGAUCUUUUUUAAGAGUGUAGAAUCGCACAAAUGCUUCUGCAUUUGCUUUUGCAGUUUUUGAACCCCUUUGAACUCUGAACAUGAAUCUCGGUGAAUGAGUCUCUGAGUGUCUCCAGGCUGUAAUGUUUUCAUAAAGUGUUCUGUGAUUUGUAUUAAUGUGCAUUCUGUCUAAAUACUGCUGAAAAACCGGGAAGAAAAGCUGCAAACUCUGACGUCCGUAACACGGUGUACAGAAGUGCAGGAAAGCAUGAGGUUCUCAAGACUGAACCUGCCUGAGUGUUUCAUUGUUUUCCAUUUGGACAGCGGUGCGGUCAGUGCAUGCUGCAAAAAAACACUACCUUGGUAGGGUAAUUAUCUUAAAUUUUGUUGAUAUGUAUAAAAGAUUUCUCAAUUUGAGAUUGUUGUAAGAACAAGCGUAUUUAACUGGUUACUUAAUGAUCUGCCAAUAGAAUAAGACACAUCAUUAUAGUAAAUCAUUAUAGUAAAAAUCACCAGAAAUAAGUUGAAUAAUCUUAUUAUUUUCUUACAACAUCUCAAAAUGAGAAAUGUCAGAUAUAACA